CUGAAACAUCUCUCAUUUAAGCGCUCUGCGAAUUUUAUUUUAUUGGUUAUAUUUGGCACAAAAGAUCAUUGAAAGUAAAAAGGAAGAAUGACCAUGCAUUGUUAUGAUGUAAUGACAGCCUAAUGGAACAUUAGGUUAGAUUUGCAUCAAUAUUGCUAGAGAUAGCUAAGCUGGCGAUUUCGUUUUAUUUUGGCGACGUAGAUCGUCAUAUUUUAUCGAAUGAUAGGUUAUAAUGUUUUAAUCUCCUUAACAUGUAUGAGAGACCGUACAAAUUGAGUCGGUAGCUUACGGACGGUAGUGAUUUUUUUUCUCAUGUUUUUUUUCUAUUCGCAGACACCUAGGUGAAUCCCGACCUUCGUGCGUAAAUUUUUAAGAACCUGUUUGGACGAAUAUCGCCACAGUGUAGGCAGGAUAUCACACUGGAACAAUAGUCGGGCGAUUAAUUUAAAAAUACCAGCGAAUAAAAACAACUAUGCUUAUUAUAUGCUGGAAAUAUUAUAACUGGGGCAUAUUUUUUCUUUUCCUAUCUGGAUAGCAGAUUACGAGGUCUGGUAAACACACAGAAGAUACGCGGGAGUAUGGCAAAUUCUUGGAAAUAACACGGGGGCAGACCGAUUCCGGAUGUAAUCAAUCCACACAACUACCAUUUUCUUUUACAUUUUAAAUAAGAUUCGAUGGAGGGGAAGAGAAGACACGCUGUGGCUGCUCUACAGUAGGAGAAGAGGAGCAAUUAUUUGAGAGUGAGGCCAACGUGCACUGGGGAGUUUUUGUGUGGAGGAGGUGAAGGCCGGGCUUCUGUUGUUUGGAGACAACCCCCGCCAGCUGAAUACUGCUGGGACAGUAAUCUUUGCCGCUAUCAUCAACAGCAGCAAGAGAAAGCACUUCAAACUAAAGUCGGCUUCACCAUUAGCUGUGGUCCAUGGGCUGAGAGGGGCUGCAUACACUUUAAGACUUUGACGAUCAUGUCAUUUUACAUGCUGUGAUGUGUGUGUGUCUCAGCAGACCACAAUAACGGAAGCUAAGCACAGCGGACAACUGAACUGGGAAUCCUCAGAUCCUGGAAUUUUGAAUAGGAGACCCCUCCAAAGUGGUUUGAGGGUUUUCAAGGGCCUGUUGUUUCCUGACCCUGGACUGUCGGGGUGAUUCAAGGACAGCUUUUUUCCCCCCUCUGUGGGGUUUUGUGUGUGUCAGCGGUGGGGGACAUGAUGGCGCGGCCAGGCUCUGGUGUGAUGGUGUCGGUGAACGGGCUCGGGUACCCCCCGCAGAACCUGGCGCGGGUGGUGGUGUGGGAGUGGCUGAACGAGCACGCACGCUGGCGACCCUACAGCGCCGCUGUGUGCCACCACAUUGAGAACGUGCUGAAGGGCGACGCGCGCGGCACGGUGGUGCUGGGACAGGUGGACGCGCAGCUGGCCCCUUACAUCAUCGACCUGCAGUCCAUGCACCAGUUCCGCCAGGACACAGGCACCAUGCGGCCGGUGCAGCGGAACUUCUACGAGCCGUCGUCGGCCCCGGGGAAGGGCGUGGUGUGGGAGUGGGAGAACGACAGUGGCUCCUGGACGCCCUACGACAUGGAGAUCUGCGUGACCAUCCAGAACGCCUACGAGAAGCAGCACCCGUGGCUGGACCUGACCUCGCUGGGCUUCUGCUACCUCAUCGACUUCAACGGCAUGGCGCAGACCAACCGGCAGAGCCAGCGCAAACGGCGUCUACGGAGGCGCAUGGACCUGGCCUACCCGCUCAUCAUGGGCUCCAUCCCCAAGUCGCAGUCCUGGCCCGUGGGCGCCAGCUCGGGGCAGCCCUGCUCCUGCCAGCAGUGCAUCCUGGUCAACAGCACACGCGCCGCCUCUAACGCCAUCCUGGCCUCGCAGCGGCGCAAGGUGUACGGGGGGCCCCCGGGGGCCCCGGCAGGCACCCUCACCAUGGUGCGGCAGAGCAACACCUUCGCCGGCACCUCCCUCUGGUCCCCGGGCUCCGGUGCCGGUGGCAACAACAACAUCAGCGUGGGCGGCGGCCACGGGAAGGCGGAGCAGGUGGGGCCGACGCCGGGCGGGGGCAGCUACACCCGCUCCCCCGCCCUGCCCGCCCUGCCCUCCUCCCACGCCCUCACCAUUAACGGACAGAAUAACCUCAACCGGCCCGGCACGCAGCGCGUCUCCAUGGGAACUGCCAGGGGCGCCAUCCCACCAGGGUAA